CGGCAGCCACUGGGCUGUGGGACAUUUAAUGGGGAAAAAGAGCAGUGGAGAUUUUCCUUAUGGUUUUGAAGAAGAAAACAAGACACCGUCGUCAGAAUUACCUGACAAUAUCAAGCAGCUGGAAGACUAUCUGCAGUGGGAAGAAAUCUCAAAAUAUUUGCUACGGCUGCUGGAAAGGAAUGAAAAUAAAAGUGUUCACUUUUUAAAAGGAGGGCUUCCCUGGUACACCAGGAACAGCUGGGAGACGGAUGACAAUAGCAGUUGGAAAGAUAUGAUGGACUAUCUGCUUCAAGUUGUGAAUAUGAAAGAGAGCACUCCAAGUUGAAAGAAGGUCUCUAAAUCAUGAAGAAAUUUAAUACUUUCUGUUAGAGACUAUGUUUCCCAAGCACUCGAUUGUAUCAGAUAAUCAACAAGGUCUCUUUUCUGUACACAAGAAUUCUUUUGUGUAAAAUACCUAAAUACACAUAUUCUUGUAUGCUUCAGCAAUGACUAAACUCUCUAGUUCAUUUCCAAGGUCACAUUUUGUCACUGGAAUGGCUUUGAUAUAUGUGUAUAUAUAUAUAAUUGUCAUGGAAGGGUCUUCCAAUUAAUUAUACUACUUACCUAUCUAAUCAGUUCGUCUCGUCGUUCGAAACUACACGACAUUUCAAUAUUCGCAAUAAAUAGUACUGAUAGAAAGGC